AUGGUAGAUAAUAUUAAACCCUUGUGUCUUCUGCUGACCGUUUUGGCCAUCUGCGGCAGUGGACGCGCCGACGUCUCCCACUUGUUUGGAGGAGGCAAUCAUCAGCACCACAAUUCGCAUUAUGAUUCGCACCACGACUCGCACCAUGACUCCUAUCAUGACUCCCAUCACGACUCACAUCAUUACGAUCCGCAUCAUCAUGACUCGCACCACCACGACUUGCAUCAGGAUCCCCACGCUCACCACCAGGAUGUGCACUCGCACUCGCAUGCGCAUGAUUCCCAUCGCAAUCACGGCGUGCACAUCGAUUUGCAUUUCGAUGCACUGCGCCAGCAUCAACCCAAAUCUGGUUACAACUAUGUGGCACCAGCUGCACCGCCUGCACCCCAGCCCAAGCCGGAGUAUUUGCCACCACCGAAGCCAAGUAACACGUAUCUGCCAGCGGCUAAGCCGGAAACAAAGUAUCUGCCACCCAAGGUGGCGCCCAGCUUGCCACCACCGCCACCACCACCUCCAGUGAAGACGCCCAAGGCGGAAUACUUGCCACCACAAAAGCCACGCAGCAAGUAUUUGCCGCCCGCUCAACCUGAGAACAAGUACCUGCCACCCGGAGAAUCUGCGGCGAAGCCGGAGACCAAGUAUUUGCCACCCAAGAUUCCACCAAGUCUGCCGCCACCACCACCGCCGCCAGCAACAGCUGCGCCCAAGACCACCUACUUGCCGCCUGCGGAGCCAAAGCAAACCUAUCUGCCGCCCGCCCCACCCAAGGCCAACUAUCUGCCACCCGCACAGCCGGAGUCGCAGUACUUGGCGCCCGCUCUGUCUGAGGCACCUUCGGCACACCCCGAGCCAAGCUUUCACAUUCCCAUACCCUCGUAUGCGCUGCCCCUGAGCCAGUCGGCAUCUUUGCCAGCUCCAACUGGACCAGGCAAUCCGGGCUAUCAAUACAACCAGCCGCUGCGCCGCUUCAAGUUUUGAACCGAUGCCACACAAAUUUAAUUUUAAGUUGUGCGAAUAAAAUAUAUCACAAAAUCAACACA